AAAAAGAGCAGGAUUUUUCACGGUGGACCGGGAAUAUAGUCUAGCCCACUGUGUUGCAGAAAAUUUUCAAAUGGGCAAGGGGAUUGCUCUAGAGUUCAAAAAACGCUUUGGGAACGUAGAGUAUUUACGUUCCCUAGGCAAACAAAGUGGCUUCUUUGACACUCUCGGACAAAUUAACCGUUUUUUAUUUAGUUACAAAAAGGGUGUCAUGGGGGAAGCCCACACUUAUGUCUCUUCUUCACUUUAUUAGAAUUGAAGAAAGAAUUAAUGCGACAAAACAUUAAGCAUCUGGCCAUAAUCAGUGUUUCUAGUUUGUGUGAAGCAUCAGUGCCGUGUGCUGUCGUGUUUAUUUUAUGUCGAGUGUUAUAUAUACACAUAAGUAAAUUUAUAUCAGUCUGGUUUAUUUGUUAUAUGCGUUGAAGUAAAAAUGCGACAUUAUCGUUAAAUAUAAUAUUUGAAUCUCUAAACAUUCAGUUUUAAGGCACAAUUAUUAAAUAAUUAUUAAAAAUUAAACCUAACCUAACAAAUGGGUGGAGUGUGCGUCUUAUAUGUAAUAUUUUUAAAUUUUGUUGUGUAAAUAAUUAAAACACUUUUUAGUUAUAGCACAAUGAGGAACUACAAAAGAACCUCGCAAAGAGCAGCCACCCCGCCACACAUAAUGCUAAGGGCAGCUAGAGAGGUUAAAUUAAACCAAAAAUCUAUUCGAGGAACUGCCAAAGAUUUUGAUAUUCCAGAGGCUUCUUUAAGAAGAUUCUGUAGGAACGUUACCGAUGAAGAGAUACAAGGACAGGCAGAAAACCUAAAAACGGAAAUUGGGUACAAGAGUCCGUCAAACGAACAAGAAAAACUUCUCGAGGAAUACAUCUUGCAAGCAGCGGAUAUUUAUAACGGAUUGUCGCCUAGAGAGAUCAGAGCGUUUGAGUACUGUCUUGAAAGUUAAAUUUCCUGAAAAUUGGGCUGAAAAUAAGAUGGCAGGCUGAAAAUAAGACUGGUUCACCUCAUUUUUGAAACGACAUGCUAGGUUGUCAAUAAGGACUCCUGUGACCUAUUUACUUUGGUUUGAUUUUUAAUUCACCUCAAUUUUCAUAAGCAAAUUUGCCCAUUACACAUUUUUAUUUUCCUUUUUGUUACAGACUUCCCGGCUGGUUAUUGGGGUGAUUUUCCCGUAAACCAAAUUAUCAUUCACGGGGUCCUAACGGACCUCGAGGUAGACCUGACAUUAGACAGUCUGCCCCAGGACCUGCUCUUGGAGGUGGAGCAAAUCGUGCUCCACAAACAGGACCAGCUACCCCAGGACCCCCUGGACUCUAUACGACGUAUUCCAAAUAAUUAAUGGGUCGCUCGCCAUCGGGUACGAUUACCCCUCUGUGACGAUGUUUGGCUUUCAUAAAAAAAUAUUUUUUUUUGUUUAGAUUUUUAAAAAAAUAUUUUUUUUGUAAUAAACUUACAUGUUUAAUUUUAACUGUUUUUUUCCACGGUUUUAAUUAAGAACCGAUAACACCUUUCAUCCACCCACUACUAGUAUUUUACAAAAAUACGUUAUCUGGUUUUCAAAAAAAAAAUUACUCCUCCACUCAUCUCUUGGAUCACAAAAGGUUUUCCCUUUUUUUUUUUGUUUUACGAAGACGCCAGGACUCAUUGUUAUAGAAAAAUAUCUAUGUACCUU